CGCGAUAUCAGUUUGAGCCAAUGAAAUUGUCGAAAGGCCAUUUCCAGGAAGUAAAGCUAGCGUUUGGCAAGGAAACCGGCUUCCUCGACUAGUGCUGCUUUCAUCAGUGACCCAACGUCAGGACUGCGAGUGAAAACAUGUUUCUGUGGGUGCUCUCCGGUCUGCUUCUGCUUUUUGGCAGCCUGGAUGUGUGGUACUUCUUGAGAGGCCUCCUGAUGAUCAUAAAGUCAUUGUUCCAGAGCCCCCUGAAAGAUAUAACUGCUGACCACAUGAUAGAAGGGAAAGUGCUUCCCCAUGACAUAGACUACAUGGGCCACAUGAAUAAUGCCCGCUACUUGAGGGAGUGCGACUUUGCAAGGUUCUCCUAUUACACCCGCAAUGGGCUGUUCAUGGCCGCUCGGGCAAUGAAGGCCACAAUGGUCGUGGGAGCCAGCACUAUCCGCUACCGUAGGUCCCUUGCCCUGGGCGAGGCCUUCGAGUUGAGGAGUCGCAUCGUGACCUGGGAUGAGAAGUCCUUCUUCCUGGAGCAGCGCUUUGUGUCCAAGAAGGAUGGCUUUCUCUCGGCAGUCAUGUUCUGCCGGCAGAAUGUUGUCCGCAGCAGCCCCGAAAAGAUCCUGGAGCACCUUUGCAAGAGGAAGGUGGAAUGCCCUGCCGUCCCAGAGGAUCUCCAGCACUGGAUCAACUUUAUCUCUGCCAACAGCCAGGUUUUGAGGGCUGAGAGUGGACUGGAUGAGAAGAGCAAGUGAGGGGGAUGGUCCAGAUGGAGGUGUUCUUACCGAUAUUGAAAUCCUGUGUGUCCACCCACCCCAGCCCCACCCCACUGUAUCUCCAACCAUUUACAGAGGAUGGAAAAUAGCCAUGCCUCACAUUUUCAAAACGUGUACGGUAACCAGUAGAAUUUCAAAUAUUAUAAAUACUAUGAAAAUUAAGACGAAUGUUGAUGACAUGCAAAUGAACAGUUGAAAGAGAAGAUUGACAGUCAUGGAUAAUCCUAAUGGUGCAAUGUGUAGUUAUUGCUGUCAACAUAUACUUUUAGAACUGCAACUAUGAUGCCUGUCUAAAGGCAUGGUCAAGAUAGUUUUGCUGAUAUAAAGCUUUGCAUGUCUUUUUUGGAAGAUUUCUUUAGGAAUCAUUUCCAUGUUUUUGGAAUGCAAACAAAUGAAUUCCAUAGCUGUAGGUCUGAAAGAGGGGGCUUCUUUAGUUGCAGCAACUUUGUAUCAGACUGUCAACUGGAAGGUGGAAGACGUGAUGUGAUUUUUAAGGAGGAAGACUGACCAAAGACUCCUUGAGCUCAGGGGACCAGAGAAGCACAGGAUUAAAAAAGGAUAUUGUAGCUAUAAAUUAUUGACCAGAAUUGAUGGGGAUGAGUUAUAUCACAUUAUGAUACUUGAAUAUUGUCAUAGGCUUCAGUUUGUCAUUUGCACUGAGACUGAAUGUAGUCAGAAUUCCAUAUUUAUUACCAGAGUUAUACGAUUUGUUGUUCCUAUUCAUUAUGUAAUACAUUAUUGUAAAUGGACUUGAAGCACUUACUGCAUUUUGAAAAGAUUUAUUGUAAGUUAUAUGUACUUCAUGCACUGAUUUUAUCUCAUUUAUGUUCCUGUAUUUUCAGUUGUUGGACAGUAUUGUGUGUAUACCUUUUACAAUUUGUGGGAUUCCUCUUAUUGUUUGCACAGAACUUGCAUGUUUGUGUACUCUGUGUUGCUGUGCUUCAUUCUCAUUGAUGAAUGUCCUAGAAACUUAGCAUGCUCUUGAAGAUACUCUUUUCAACAUGUAUCUUGUGUUUCUUUUGGAAAGGGAUUUAAUGCUAUGGUUUCAGGUGAGGCAAUAAAACAAUGUGUGAGCAUUUGACUGAUUAA